AUGAAGCUCUCUUUCUCUCUCCCUUCCAAAUCGAAACCCAAAGUCACAGCCACCGCCGUUGAUGAGGGUAGCAGCAAAGAGUUCGUCACCGAAUUCGAUCCGUCGAAAACCCUAGCUGAUUCCACUCCCAAACACGUAAUCCCUCCGAUCGAGAACACAUGGAGGCCUCACAAGAAGAUGAAGAAUCUCGAUCUCCCGCUCCAAUCCGCCAACACCGGUUCGGGUCUAGAGUUCGAGCCCGAGGUUCCUUUAACCGAUUCCCAGGUCAACAUAACGUACGGUUUGAAGCUGCGUGAGAAAGUCCAGGACGAAGCUGAAAGUGGUGAAGAUCGGAAGGUGGCUCCGAUAGAGCAGCUUAUGAUGCAAAGUUUGAGGAAAGAUCUGGAGUCGCUUGCUGAUGAUCCGACAUUAGAGGACUUCGAGAGCGUUCCUGUGGAGGGUUUUGGAGCUGCGUUGAUGGCUGGGUAUGGGUGGAAGCCUGGGAAGGGGAUUGGUAAGAACGCUAAAGAAGAUGUUCAGGUUAAGGAGUACAAAAGGUGGACUGCUAAGGAAGGUUUAGGUUUCGAUCUUGAUCUUGAUAGGUCGUCUAAGGUUGUUGUUGAUCCCAACAAGGCUAAAGUGAAAGAUAGCGUGAUACUUGAUGGAGAUCUUCUUUUUGUGGGAAAAGAAGUGAGGAUUGUUGCUGGUAGAGAUAUGGGUUUAAAGGGUAAGAUUGUGGAGAAAAUGGAUAAUGAUUGUUUUGUUUUGAAGCUCUCUGGAAGUGGAGAUGAAGUGAGAGUUGGUGCUAGUGAGGUAGCAGAUUUGGGUUCACAGGAAGAAGAAACGUGUUUAAACAAGUUGAAAGAUAAGAAGGUGAGUGAACCAAGCAGAGGAACAAAGAGAGUGAGUAGAAAUGAAGUUAGAGUGCAUGAUAGAGGUGAGAGGAGAGUGAAGAAGCCAUCAUGGCUUAGGAGUCAUAUAAAGGUGAGGAUAGUAAGCAAGGACUUGAAAGGUGGAAGCUUGUAUCUUAAGAAAGGAAAAGUUGUUGAUGUUGUUGGACCAACGACCUGUGAUAUCACCAUGGAUGAGACGCAAGAGUUGGUUCAAGGGGUUGAUCAGGACCUGCUGGAGACGGCACUGCCUAGGCGAGGAGGACCAGUUUUGGUUCUAUUCGGGAAACAUAAGGGCGUCUAUGGGAAUCUGGUUGAGAAAGAUUUGGAUAGAGAAACUGGUGUGGUUCGUGAUUUAGACAACCACAAGAUGCUUGAUGUUAGACUUGAGCAAGUUGCUGAGUACAUGGGCGAUAUGGAUGAUGUUGAUUACUGAAACUAUCUGACUAAAGCUGCUUACUUUCAGAUGAGGUGCAGCUUGCAGAUUUACGAGGAACCUCGCUGGAAGUAUGCGUUUGUUGAGUUUACAGACAAAAUUGACAUUGUAAGAGCACUUUGUAAGAGUACGUACAUGUGAUUGAGCCAUUUCAUUCACUACAUCUAUAAACGUUGUCGACUGAAUUAAAAGAACUAAUCGAUGAAUUUUACUCAGAAGAUAAGCGCUGUUUUAGAUCAAGUUUGUAUAAACCAAACAUGGUGUGAUAGGUUUCGUUCACUUUAGAAUUUGCUUGCUGAAGAACAAGUUUCACUCACUCUCACCAUCCAUUCUAAACUUUAUAUUACUGUCUGCUGUGGAAACAAAAUAAAUCAGUUCUAUUC